CUGAACAGAGGGAGGGGAAAUCUGCGGCUGCGAAGCGUCGGCACCGGGCUUCACUCAGUGGCACCUCGUCUCCAAACCACAUCAACUCCGGAAGGACGCAUUAGAGAGUCCCACGGAGCGCAGGCCUCGAACUCUUCUUCUUCUUCUACAACGAGCAGCUCCUCGCACGGAGCCAGGAAAAGAACAGAAACAUGCCCAAAGCGGUCAAUGUUCGCGUCACCACCAUGGACGCUGAGCUGGAGUUCGCCAUCCAGCCCAGCACCACCGGCAAGCAGCUGUUUGACCAGGUGGUCAAAACCAUCGGCUUACGUGAGGUCUGGUACUUCGGACUUCAGUACAUGGACGGAAAAGGUUACUACACCUGGCUGAAACUGGACAAAAAGGUGUCGUCUCAGGACGUGAAGAAAGAGAACCCGCUCCAGUUUAAAUUUCGGGCCAAAUUCUUCCCCGAGGACGUUUCCGAGGAGCUGAUCCAGGACAUCACGCAGAAGCUGUUCUUCCUGCAGGUGAAGGAGGGCAUCCUGAGCGACGAGGUCUACUGCCCGCCGGAGACGGCCGUGCUGCUCGCCUCCUACUCCGUCCAGGCCAAGUUUGGAGACUACAACAAAGAAGUCCAUCGGUCCGGAUACCUGGUGUCUGAGCGUCUGCUGCCAAACAGAGUCCUGGAUCAGCACAAGUUAUCCAGAGAACAGUGGGAGGAGAGGAUUCAGGUGUGGCACGAGGAGCACGGUGGGAUGUUGAAGGAGGACGCCAUGCUGGAGUACCUCAAGAUCGCCCAGGACCUGGAAAUGUAUGGUGUCAACUACUUCCAAAUCAAGAACAAGAAGGGGACAGAGCUGUGGCUGGGGGUGGACGCCCUGGGACUCAACAUUUAUGAGAAAGACGACAAAUUGUCCCCGAAGAUUGGCUUCCCCUGGAGUGAGAUCAGAAACAUCUCCUUCAACGAUAAGAAAUUCAUCAUCAAACCCAUCGACAAAAAAUCCCCGGACUUUGUGUUUUUAGCCCCGCGACUGCGCAUAAACAAGCGCAUCCUGCAGCUGUGCAUGGGGAACCACGAGCUUUACAUGCGGCGCCGCAAGCCAGACACGAUCGAGGUGCAGCAGAUGAAGGCGCAGGCCCGAGAGGAGAAGCAGCAGAAGCAGCAGGAGAGGGCCCAGCUGGACAACGAGAAGAAGAAGAGGGAGGCCAUCGAGAGAGAGAAGGAGCAGAUGGAGCGAGAGAAGAAGGAUCUGAUGAUGAGGCUCUACCAGUUCGAGGAGAAGACCAAGAAGGCGGAGAGAGACCUGCAGGACCAGAUGCAGAGAGCCAUGAUGCUGGAGCAGGAGCGGAGGAGAGCCGAGGACGAGGCGGCUCGCCUGGAGUCCGAGCGGCAGGCUGCCCUGCUGGCUAAAGAGGAGCUCGCCCGCCAGGCUGAGUACCAGAAGAAGGACCAGGAGCAGCUGGCUGCGGAGCUGGCAGAGCACUCAGCCAAGAUCUCCUUGCUGGAGGAGGCCAAGAAACGCAAGGAGGAGGAGGCCGACUCAUGGCAGCUCAGGGCCCAGGAGGCUCAGAACGACCUGGUGAAGACCAAAGAGGAGCUGCACAUGGUGAUGACGGCGCCCCCGCCACCUCCCCCUCCCCCCAUGUACAGCGACAUGGACGACUACAGCGACAGCGAGGAGAACGCCAGCACGAACAGCGCCGAGCUGCAGAUGGAGGGCAUCAACGACCACCGCCACGAGGAGGACCGCCUGACCGAGGCCGAGAAGAACGAGCGCGUGCAGAGCCAGCUGAAGGCCCUGACCUCAGAGCUGGCUCAGGCGCGUGACGAUUCCAAGAACACCCAGAACGACCUGCUCCACAGCGAGAACGUCCGGGCCGGCCGAGACAAAUACAAAACCCUGCGGCAGAUCCGAUCGGGCAACACCAAACAGAGGAUCGACGAGUUCGAGGCCUUAUAAGAAGCCUUCAGGCCCCUCGGCCACGCCCCCUUUCUGAAUGGUCACCACGAUCCCCGCUCCUCGGCUGACGCAAAUCCACACACACACACACACACACACACACACACGCACACACACUCAUACUCAGACUUACAUGGAGCAGUAUAAGCACAACAGAAGCAUCGCUUGCAGAGAGAUGACCUCCUGUUGUAACUUUGUCGGGUGGUAUGCAGGGCUUUGACGAAACCUUAGUGCCAAAACCUCCUCUCGUCUUAGUGUUUAACAUCUGAUUUGUGUUAUUCGAUUUUUAAUUUGAUCCGUUCUGACCAAAUCAUUAUUGUUUUUAAGCAGACUAGUUGUGGGAUUAGCCAAAUUUUAUUAUUAUUAUUAUUAUUAUUAUUGUUAUUAUUAUUUCAUGAUGUGCACAUAGAAUAUAUGAAAUCAAAGCCUGGCUUCUUUUGUCGAUGUCUGUCAUCUGUUGUGUUGGAAGAAAAAAGGACAUUUACAGCGACCACUCAGAAAGGGGAAAACAGUACAAGUUUGUUUUUCGUUUUCCAUUAUAUUUGAACACUUCCAUUUAUGUUGAAUAUUGCUAUACAGUAGUUUAAAUCAUGCCUAGUUUGAUAUUUAUACUGUAUAUGGGACAUUAAAAAGGGUAUUUCAUCUUGGUUUGUAUAUUUUUGUUAUCUACUAAUGAUAAAGGAAACGUAUAUGUUUCAAAAGGUUUUAUAUAUAUUGACCAAAAUAAUAGCAGUCCUAUGUUCCAUAUGUUUUUCCUUUUAGAUCACUAAAUUAAAGAGAUUUAAUUGUAAAUUAUUAUUUUUUACUGUAGGAAGUGUCCAGCUGCAUGCCAUGAAAUCUGCUGAGGAGCUAGCGAUCGAUCUAGGUACUUUUUGAUUAGUUGGCGUCCACAGCACGCUAAGACACGUCUGUCCCAUCGGAGGGCCGCGUCCACCGGGACACUUAGGUUUACUGUCAUUUUUAUUUCCGUCUGUCCUGUCGAGUGAGAGCAAGCACAUGUUCUGUGCUUUUUAUUUUAACCCUCCAAAAGUGGCCUUUCUCUCUCUGUGCAGGGUCCACUCCCAGACAGCUGGUCCGAGUCACCAGAAAACAUGGAUGUAACUUUGAAUUGAAUACCUUUUUUAUUUCUGUUGUGUUUGACCUCCGAGGACAAACGAGGCCCGAGGUGAACAUUUACAAAGACCCGGGCGGUUCCACAGCAGCAUCUCACCCUCUUCUCUCUGGACAUGGACUAGAGUAGCAUCUACUUACACUGUAAUGGAAACACACGGCUCUGCUGGUCUUUGUAUAUGAACAGGAUUUUAUAAUGAGGUGUUCAACAUAUUGGCAAUAAAAGAAAUCUAUGAUUCAUCA